AUUCUGUAUGAUAUUUCGUAAAAAAAUGCACAUUUAUUUUAAAUUAGCACAUUAAGUUCGCGUGUUUUGUCAUUAAUAAUCGUACUUAUUAUAAUUAAAAGAUUUAGGCCUAAAAUAACGUACAAACUGGUCUAGAAACAUAGCACGUGUUUUGAUUGCUGCCAUGGUGGUUAAUGUAUUGGGGAGUUGUGGAUGUUGAGACAUCAAACUUUUACUACGUACUUCAGCAUAUAGUGUAGAAGGUGUGAAUUAAAAUACGACUUCAUCCGACUGAAUCAUAAGUUGCGGUGUUCCUUGCAGUUCUUCCUAAGUCCGUGAGAGGUUAUGUGUCAAACCACGUCAAAACAGUUUUGAUAAAAAUAAUUUUGUUGUAGUUGCCGAAUAAGCAACCAACAUGCCGCAGAACGAAUAUAUUGAGCGCCAUCAAAAGCUUUACGGUAGACGGCUAGAUUAUGAGGAGAGAAAACGGAAGCGUGAAGCUCGUGAGCCUCAUAAACGCGCUGAAAAGGCGCGCAAACUCCGCGGUAUCAAAGCUAAAAUAUUCAAUAAGGAACGCCGCAAUGAAAAGAUUCAGAUGAAAAAGAAAAUCAAAGCGCACGAAGAGAAGAAUGUCAAACAGAACACAGAGAAGGUCGCCGAAGGUGCCCUGCCUGUUUAUCUACUGGACAGGGAUGUUCAAUCUAGGGCUAAAGUAUUAUCUAACAUGAUAAAACAAAAGCGUAAAGAGAAAGCUGGAAAAUGGGAUGUCCCCAUCCCUAAAGUGAGAGCUCAAGCGGACGCAGAAGUAUUCAAAGUCCUAAAAUCGGGUAAAUCAAAAAGAAAAGCUUGGAAACGCAUGGUCACCAAAGUAACAUUUGUAGGAGAGAACUUUACUCGUAAACCUCCUAAAUUUGAACGAUUCAUCAGACCUAUGGCACUGAGGUUCAAGAAGGCCCAUGUCACACAUCCUGAACUAAAAGCAACUUUCUGUUUACCUAUAAUAGGAGUCAAGAAGAACCCAAGUUCACAAAUGUAUACAAGCUUAGGUGUCAUAACUAAGGGUACAGUGAUUGAAGUUAAUAUUUCUGAGCUGGGUCUUGUCACGCAGGCUGGUAAAGUUGUGUGGGGUAAAUACGCUCAAGUCACGAAUAAUCCAGAGAAUGAUGGCUGCAUUAAUGCUGUGCUGUUGGUCUAGUUUAUUGUUGAGUCAAGGGAAAAUCAAGAUGCUUCAAUUUCAUCUCUUGAAUUGUGAUAAUUAUACUUUUAAUAAUGAACAUGUAUAUCACAAUACAUACAAUUUAUAUUGGUUGCAAUCUUUAUGGACUGUUUGUACCAUGUAAUGAAGAAUAUUUGUUUUACUAAUUGUAUAACAAUAAAAGUCUACCGUGAAGUA